CGACAAAGGAGCAGAGGAUACCCCCAUUUCAUUUUCUCAGGCACUUGGGGCUACCAUGAGCAGUCAUCGCCUGGUGUAACAACAGAUCUGCGUUGGAUUUUACAAGCCGCUGUUGAAGUAUCGUGCCACUGUGGCGUCAUGGCCGAUGGGUGGCAAUGACUUCAAAGGAGGCCUCUGACUUCACAAAGGACUGGCCAGAGCUGCAAUUGAAGGCAAGCUCGGCCGACUACUACUUCGAGUCCUAUAACCACUAUGGUGUGCAUGAGGACAUCUUCCAGGAUGGAGUGACCAUCCAAGCAUUUCAGCAGGCGAUCCUGCAAAAUUCCCACAUGUUUGAGGGUAAAGUCGUCUUGGAGGUGAGCUCAGGGCUGGGCCUUUGCUCCCUCUGGGCUGCCAAGGCGGGCGCGCGGAAGGUCAUCGCGUUGGAAACCCACGAGGAACUGGUGGAGCUGAGCCGACGAGCGGCAGAGCUCAACGGCUACAGCGAGGUGAUUGACGUGGUUUGUGGAAAGCCGAGCUCCAUCAAGCAGCUGCCGGGCGGUGUAGAAGCGGUGGACAUCAUUGUUUGUGUGUUCAUGGGCUUCUUCCUCUUGUAUGAGGCCCGGCUGGAAGAGCUGCUUGAUGCAAGGGACAAGUGGCUCAAGCCUGGUGGCCUGAUGUUCCCUGACCGGGCCAAGCUCUUCGUUUCGCUCCUGCAGGAUGCGGACUACAAGAGGAAGCACUAUGACUACUACGAUGAGGUCUGGGGCUUCGACUUCAGUUGCAUGAAGGAGGCUGCCAAGGCAGAGCCCGCCCUCCUGGACUGCGACGAGGUGUAUGUGAAAGCAUCCUUGCUCCUAGUGGCGAUGCCCUUUGCUCCUAGUAGCGUCCUUGCUUCUUUGAUCUCCUCGAUCACCUCAGUGUUGAACCUGGACCUUCUUCACUGUUCCGUGGCGGACUGCUACAACAUGGCGUCCAAAUUCAAGCUGAGGUGUCGACAUGAGGGCUCUUUGGAUGCAAUGGUCUUCUGGUUCGAGGUGUGGUUUGGCGCUUGUCACAAGCCCAUCUGCUUCAGCACCGGACCUGAAUCGACACAAACUUGCUGGAAGCAAACGGUUUUCUUCCUACAAGGCACCACACGCCGAGUGAAGGCCGGCGACGAAGUGCAUUGCAUGUUGGCUCUCCGGAAGUUGCUCAAGGAGCGGAGGCACCUGGACAUUAAGAUCGCUUGCAAGGUGAACACUGGUAGCCAGCAAGUGAAGUGCUCCUGUCGUAGUGCUUCCGCGACUGCGCUUCUUUUUGUGAUGUGUCGAGGCUGUUUUCGGAUGAUCUGACGACUUGACAAGUUGAGAAGAUGCUGGUUCGUCCCUCCAACUCGUUUCGCAGGCUGAGCCCCCUGCGCAAGGGGAUCAAUCAUUAAUCUUCAAUAGCCAAUAGCCUCUCUUUGGCUCCAUGGGCACACAAUAUGAUGUCCCAGGAUGACAGACGACGAUGUUGACUGGACCUCUGAGAUCCACCGACCGCCUUUCUUCGCCACCCUCAUUCACACUGUGGAGUAAGAACCAGGAUCCAAAGGGUGCAAGUUGAUUGACCUCAAUUGGCUUGGCUGAAAAGAAAACCCUACGGGUCAAAGACCUGAUUUUACUGGAGUUGAUCAUACAAAAAAACGUCAAUGAGGCCACCGGACCAGGUUUUACUCGGCCUUCGGACCGGUAGGGUGUCCGGUUGAUGUUUUGUUCUUGCUGCUAACAGUUGGCAGACAUAUAUCAUACAGUAUAUUUUUGGUGAGGGCGCUUUCUUAACACCAUCGUGCCAGAGUCUGGGCGACCGACAGACUCGGGAAGAACUCUUGGUGUCGGCGACAUUUGGUGUGGUUAAAGGCGACGUAGCCCAACAGUCCAGCUUUCAGAAAACUGUUGGAGAUAUCACAUUGCCUGGUUCAUUGACCAUCGACCAUCCAGUGACUAUUGACUGUUGGAGAUAUAUAGUCGCAUUGACUGGUUCAUGACACCGUAAAAUUCCAGUGACCAUCAGGACGAGCGAAUGCUCCACAUUCGAGAGCGCCAGUUACUUUCGCUGGAUGUGACCACGCCACCUGAGACGGGCGCCCGCUGCGCCCGCGGAAGGAGCCGACAUGGUCGCUGAGUGGUGAAAA